AUGUCUGACUGGGAUACGGUUACCAUCCUCCGUAAAAAACCACCAAAAGCUUCUGCAUUGAAAACGGAGCAAGCCGUCAAUGCCGCACGUCGUCAAGGUUUACCUGUGGAUACGCAACAGAAAUUUGGUGCUGGAACUAACAAACAACAUGUAACUACAAAAAAUACAGCUAAACUUGACAGAGAAACUGAAGAAUUGCGUCAUGAGAAAGUACCUCUUGAUUUGGGGAAACUUAUUAUGCAAGGACGGCAGGCUAAAGGAAUGAGUCAAAAAGAUUUAGCUACAAAGAUUUGUGAGAAACCACAGAUUGUAAACGAUUAUGAGGCGGGUCGUGGCAUUCCUAAUAACAUUGUACUUGGUAAAAUCGAAAGAGCAAUUGGUAUAAAACUCAGAGGAAAGGAACGUGGCCAACCACUACAGCCUCCUGGAGGAAAGAAAUAA